AUGCGCAGCACUGCUUCGGCUGGUGGUCUAGCCAGCCUCCGCCCUGCCGUCCUCGGCAUGGCGCGGGUCGUUGGUCUGGGCCUCUCGUCGGUCGCCGCGGCACCUCUGCACUCGUCGCGCGCCCACGAUCGCCACGAUGAUGGCCCUGAUACGCCUCUCUGGGUGCUCUGCGUCGCCUCAAUGGCUCUGGUCCUUCUCGGCGGUGCCUUUGCUGGUCUAACUAUUGCAUUGAUGGGCCAGGAUAGCAUCUAUCUCCAGGUCGUCUCGGGAGACCCCGAAGAGCCGCAGCAUAAGAAUGCCAGACGCGUCCUCGAUCUCCUCAACAAGGGCAAGCACUGGGUCCUCGUCACGUUGCUCCUCGCCAACGUCAUCGUCAAUGAGUCGCUUCCCGUCGUCCUCGACCGCACCCUAGGCGGUGGCAUCGCUGCCGUCGUCGGAAGUACUGUUCUUAUCGUCAUCUUUGGCGAGAUCGUUCCUCAAUCUAUCUGCGUCCGAUACGGCCUGCCCAUCGGUGGCUACAUGUCGAAGCCCGUCAUUGCCCUCAUGUACUUUCUGAGCCCCGUCGCCUGGCCCACAGCCAAACUGCUCGACUGGAUCCUCGGCGAGGACCAUGGCACCGUCUACAAGAAGAGCGGCCUCAAGACCCUCGUCACGCUACACAAGUCGCUCGGUGACCUCUCGGAGCGUCUCAACCAGGACGAGGUCACAAUCAUCACCGCCGUGCUCGACCUGAAGGACAAGCCCGUCUCCGAGGUCAUGACCCCCAUGGAGGACGUCUACACCCUGUCCGAGGACCACAUCCUUGACGAAAAGACCAUGGACAACAUUUUGUCCUCUGGCUACUCACGCAUCCCGAUUUACCGCUCCGGCCAGCCCACCGACUUUGUUGGCAUGCUUCUUGUCAAGACCCUCAUCACAUACGACCCUGAAGACAAAAUCCCCGUUCGCGAGGUGCCUCUGGGUGCCAUUGUCGAAACUCGUCCGGAAACCAGCUGUCUCGACAUUAUCAACUUCUUCCAAGAAGGCAAAUCCCAUCUUGUCCUGGUCUCGGAAGACCCUGGCUCUGACCACGGCGCCAUCGGUGUUGUCACGCUCGAGGAUGUCAUUGAGGAGUUGAUUGGAGAGGAAAUCGUCGACGAAUCCGAUGUAUACAUUGACGUUCACAAGGCCAUCCGACGCCUUACGCCCGCCCCUCGCGCCCGCUGCGGCCACGUCGACGUCGCCGCCGCUGCCGGCCAUGCUGGUACCGCCAUUGCUGCUAAGAAGACGUCUGACAACACGACCCUGGUCGGACACGAUGAAGCGGGCGACGGCUCCACGCUCAAGGUUGGCUCGCUCGGCGCCCUCAGCGACGACGGCGACGGGCGCUACAGCCCCAAGGUGGCCGUGCUGAUGAAGCGCCGCGGCUCCGUCGGCCCUGAUGGCCGCAUGGAGGCGCCCAUUUCCGUCAAGACAUCCCUCAAGGAAAUGAAAUCGUCGCAGCUGCGCCUUGGUCCGGCCAACCGCGCCGCUCACCCCCGUAGCAAUACCCGCAACGUCUUCAAGAUCAAGCAGGGCCUCACCCCGCACCAGCGAGUUGCCACGCUCAAGGCUGACGCCGGCGCUGUCAACGGCGACCGCCCACCCUCGGUCCAGAGCAUUGCGGAGGCACUGCACACGGAACCGGAGCACUUUGAAUCGCUGCCGGCUGCGGCAAUCCCAGAGCAGCAGCAGCAGCAGCAGCCUGAUGACGAGACGACGCCGCUGUUGAAUUCGGAUGCUAAUGGUGCAGAGACGAUAAAACCGUAUGGGGCCAAUGGCAACUCGAAAAGUAAAAAGAACAAGAAGGGCAAGAAGAAGUAA